UCAGGUUUCUUAGCAACAAAGGCAACACAGAGCGAAGUACCAAAGGCUUUGAGUCGGAGCCGGUUUUCAGAGACUUAAACAAAGCCUCCAGCUGGCACUCCAAGCCAUGUCAAUCUCACAGAGUCCAGAAUCACAGGGGAUGAGGGGAGAGAGGAGCCAAAGUCAAACUUAUCAAGUGCCAUUCACCUCUGAAUUUACCAAGAAGCUGACGACAAGCAGUCCACGCUUUGGUGCCUUGAGUCAUCACUCAUUCUUCUCACGACACAACCCUCAUCCAAACAGAGUGAGGCAUAUUCAAGGGCUCAACGGCAGGCCUGUUUGCAUGGUGAGAGAUGAUUGGUAUGUCACCUCAUCAUUAUUUCCUCAUCCACUUCUGAAGAGCCAUGUCCUCAGGAAAGCAACUGAUCCAUCUUUUGCUUUGCCACUUACUCAGAAUCUUUAUGGAGUCAGUGGUAACAAAAGCAAAUCAGCACUGUUUUCAGAAGCCUGGAGGGAUGAACUCAAAGAACUCGCCGCAAAAGUCAGGUUGUCUUCUCAAGCACAAAAGGACAAAAACGAGGAGCAGCCUACUGAGGAAUUUGCCCGCCGAAAGACUCAAUAUUCAGCUGAAACCGGGAGAAUCGUCCCUCCGUCCUCCAAGUCUUACCAACGCAGAUCCUAUUCCCAGCGCCUGGUGAACCCUCAGCCACUUCAUGAUCAAGAGCUCAUGGUGCUGGAGCUACUGUGUCAGAUCCUGCAGACAGAUUCCUUGUCCACAGUCCAGCAGUGGCUUCUGCUUGCAGGCCAAAGAGAGAAAGACCUGGUGAUGGGGUUGAUCAAACAAGGUCUGGUUGGUGUGGACCUGUCAGGCCACCAUCAGCAGAGCAUCCAGCAGCUCCAGCCUCUUCAUCCUGGUGCUUCUCCACCAAUGUGUCGUCAAUCAUUCGACCAGUCAUGGAGAAAACCACAGAGAACAAGCUCAUCCAGAGUGAACCAAGUUUUCAGCGAAGACAAGCCAGAGAGGAUUGGAGAUGCAGAGGUCCUUGAAGUCCAUGCAGAAGCUCAGGAACCGCCUGAGCACUCAGAGAGUGUAUAGAGCUUCCAGAUUGUUGUGACUAUAACUGUAUUAUGUUUUUGUUGUUAUUAUGACAAUAGAUUGAUUUAUCAGCCCUAAGGUACAUGACAUCACAGGUUUUCUUCAGCAUAUAUGCUUUGUAGAUGCUUCUUAGAAACAUAAUAAGCCAAUUUGAUGGGCAGACUUCUUCAGAUUUCAUUUGCACUUCAACAAUACAAUACAACUGAAGUUGUGAGACUGUUACAUGAUGCUAACAUGAUGAUGUUACACAACUGUAAAUCACUUGUUUACAUGUUUUGAAACUGAGAAAAUCAGAGUGACACAUUUACUUAAGCUGUUGUUUUCGGAUGAAUAAAACUUUUAUUUAAAAUUUAAAUCAAACCCACAAUCACUGUCCAAAUGAGCAGUCAGGCUGUGGCCUGUCAAAAGCUGCAUGCCCCCACACUGUUAAUCAGAAAAUGUGCCUUUGCCCUUGCCCUUUGUCCUUGCUGAAAAGACCAUCAUUUAGUUAUCUAAAGAAUGAAGACCGGCUCUCUGGCUGUAGCUAUCAGUUAUAGCUGGUUUAAGUGCAUUAAUGCACAGAGAAAAGGAAUAAGGGGAGGUGGGAGGGCUUUCAGGAGGAACUGUUUGUCUGUUGAUGAUGGCAAUUUGUUGCCAUGGAGAUCAAUUCACCUCAAACAUGGAGAGAGACAGAGAGUCCAUCACAACCAUUUCUAUGACCACACACACAUUAAAAGAAGAGGAAAUGAAAGUCUCAAGUGAGCUCAUCAAGGACACAGCCCCGAGCUGAGAGACGAACUGAAAGUCUGUACAUUUGAAGAAUGCAAACUCGGUGCAGCUUUAUGAACCUCCAUCCAUCUGGGCAACUCUGACUAACUCAAGAACUGACUCAAUAAAAAAAUAUGAUGAAAAUUCAGAACUGAUUGAUGUUACAUGAUCGUCUUAAAUUGUUUUAUUUUCUUACUUUAAAGUGCAAUAACUGCUUUUUUUGGGACCAACUGGGCACAGUGGAAGCAGUUUGUGAGCCAAAAGUUAAUUCUGCCGAUGAAAACUUUGACAAUAAAGUAAUCAUUGAGUGUUCUAUUUCUUGCUGCUCCUGCUGUUCCUCGCGUGUCAGUUUGCACAGUCUCUCUUAAAGGGGAGACACACUCACUGUUUCUGCUUCUGCAGGAUUGCAGCAGGUGAUGUAAUUAGUAUUUUCCUCAUUAAUGAUGUUAUAUUUCCCCAUUGGCAAUGCACCUUCUAUUAAUCAUAAAGUUAAUUUUUAGAACCCGACUGGCCCUAUUCUGCAGAUGGCCCAGGGUGCCCCAUACAUGUGCGAACCUUGCAUCAUUAUUUUAUACAAUAUUCAGUUUUUUUUUUUUGCAUUAGACUGUAAUGAAAAGUUGCUGCCAGGACUACGU